AUGGCGGCACAACCGUCCUCGUCGCCGUCCGCGAGUCCACCCCUUCUCCCUCCGGACGUCCCAGCGAAUCCGUUCGCCGACGACGACGGAGACGACCACGGUCCGCUCUACGCCUCGCAGCAGGAGCAAAUCACGCGACAGGAUGAGCACCUCGACAACCUCACCGCGUCCAUAGCACGGCAGCAGCAGCUCUCGCUGCAGAUGGGCGACGAGCUCGAUCUCCACCACGAUCUCUUGAACGAAUUCGAUCAGGACGCAGAGCGGACGGGCCUCAGGCUCGGCGGGGCGAGCGAUCGGUUAGAGACGUUGCGGAGAAGCGUCAAGGAGAACGGCUCGACGUACCUCAUCUUUGGGCUGAUCAUCGUCCUCGUCCUCCUCAUCGCCGUCUUCAAGUAG